GAGGCAUUGCAUAAGAUCUAAUUCCAUUUGGCAUAUGUAUUACUUGGAACAAAAUCUUCUUCUCUCCACAAAUGACAACAAUUCAGUACUGAAGAUUGCUGAUUUUGGAUUUGCAAGAUCUCUACAACCUAGAGGUCUUGUAGAAACAUUGUGUGGUUCACCACUGUACAUGGCGCCAGAGAUAAUGCAACUUCAGAAAUAUGACGCAAAGGCAAAUCUCUGGAGUGUUUGUGCCAUUCUCUUUCGACUUGUGACUGGAAGAACACCGUCUACAGGAAACAAUCAUAUACAGUUGCUCCAAAACAUUGUUAAAUAUAGUGAAUUGCAUUUCCCUCCUGAUAAUAAUGCUUUGAGUGCUGACCGGAAAGAUUUGUGUCAGAAAUUGCUGUGCCACAAUCCAGUGGAACGACUAACAUUUGAAGAGUUUUUUAACCACCUAUUCCUUUCUCAAAAGCAACCAGAUGAAGCAUUAAGUAGUAGGAGAUCAUCAAGAAUAAAUGAUGGGUUUCCUUUGUCUGAAUGCAAUCCUAUGAGAAAGACAGAGGCAAGUUCUCAAGAGGAUUGUAUGUCUUUUCCUCUAGAUGAUGAUUCUAGUGGUGCUGAAGGGAGCCCAUCAUUUUUUAGGAAGAGGUCCUCAAUGAAGUCUACCUACGGAUUUUCUCUUGAUAACAAAGUUGAUAUAAGGGAAACAAUAUUUAACACUCCCAACAACAUGGAUCUUGCUUCUAAAUACAGCAGUUAA